GCGUAGGCUGCUCCUGACGGCUUUUAGCGGGUCUGGCGGGAAAGGUUGCUAGGAUGAGGGUGAGGUUUGUGCUAUGAAGCUGUGCAGUGGGGAGGAUCCCAGGGAAGGCUUAGAUUAGUUAACAUACAAAUCCAAACAAAUAAAUUUGAUAGGAAUAUGGAUUCUUCAUCAAAUAAACUACCUCAGUGGAUGACUGAACAGGCCAAAGGGGACAAAAAGAAUAAUCCAGUCCAUCGGAGUGUCCUGGAAGACAACCUUCCCUUCUUAGAAUUCCAUGGUUCCGUUGUUUACAGCUAUAAUGCAAACGAUUGUUCCUUACUCUCAGAGGAUAUUGUUACAACCUUAUCUUAUGGAGCUGCGUUAGGAUUUGACAUUGAAUGGCCGCCAUGCUACACUAAAGGGAAGGAAGGCAAAGUUGCUUUAAUCCAACUCUGUGGAUCUGAACAAAAGUGCUAUUUGUUUCACAUCUCUUCUAUGUCAAACUUUCCUUUGGCACUAAAAAAAUUGCUUGAAAGUAACACUAUUAAAAAAGUUGGGGUUGGCAUUGAAGGGGAUAAAUGGAAGCUGCUGCGUGAUUUUGAAAUCAAAUUGGAGAGCCUUGUGGACCUGGCUGACCUUGCUAAUGAAAAGCUCAAAUGUAAAGAGAUAUGGAGCCUGAACAACCUUCUGAAACAUCUGUUCCACAAACAGCUUUUGAAAGACAAAUUGGUUCGUUGUGGUAACUGGAAGCAGUUUCCUCUUACAGAGGAGCAAAAGCUGUACGCCGCUACCGAUGCUUAUGCUAGCCUUCUCAUUUACCAAAAACUGGUGAACAUGAGUACUUCUAAGCAGAUGCAAAUUAGUGCAGAAAAAGAUGCGGCCCUAUUGCCAAGUGAAAUGAAGAAGGAAUUGACAUCUUUAUCAGAGGAGAUGGUGGAUUUAGCAAAUAAUCUUCCUGGCACUUUUGGACAAUCGACAAACGUUCAAAGAGCUGCAGAAAUUUUGGCUGCUGUGUCAGAAAACAUCAAGGCUUUAAGAAGAGAGCUGCUUGUUGAGCCUACCUGCCAGAUGGAGUUCGGAGAUGCUACAGAUUCAGAAAUGAUCUGCGGCAAUGAAGAAAAAACUGAAAUGUCAGACUUUACUUCCAAGGUCACGCCUGAGUCAGUCAAUCGUGUGGGUCACAAACUAGUCCAAAAGGAAGCCCUAAUGGAAGGUGAAGCAGAAAUUAAUAAGAAAAAACAAGUCGAUGAUGCUUCAGACAGUGGACCUAAAGCUGUGGUGGGACAAUGCUUAAUGUCGCUAGAUAUAACUGAAUAUGAACUUCAAAUGUUGGAGCGUCAGGCUGAGGAUGAGCUGCUAAAUGAAACGGCUUGUAUGUCUAAGGAUUUAAGCCAUAUAGAGGAUGGAGAUGAUUCUCUUUGCACCAUUGAAAGUGAUGAUGAACUCGAAAUGGAGAUGCUUAAAUCUUUAGAAGACAUAGACAAGCUCAAUAUAGAUUUCACUGAUUCGACCCUGCAUAAAUCCAAGAGGCAAAAUGAGCUAACUGCAGAUGAUAAUGAUGAAGAUGAAGGCAUUGAGGAAGAGGAGGAAAGCUGGGAUUCCUACUUGCCUAGACCCAACGAUAAACAAAUUGCUUGCCUAAAGAUGUAUUUUGGACAUGCAAAUUUUAAACCGGUCCAGUGGAAAGUGAUCUCUUCGGUUUUGCAAGACAGAAGAGACAACCUUGUUGUCAUGGCAACUGGAUAUGGGAAAAGUUUGUGCUUUCAGUUUCCACCUGUUUACACCAGAGGCAUCGGAAUAGUAAUCUCUCCCCUUAUUUCUUUGAUGGAAGACCAAGUACUACAACUUGAGAUGUCAGGAAUUCAAGCUUGCCUACUUGGAUCAGCACAGUCAAAGAAUGUCAGAGGGGAAAUCAAAGCGGGCCACUAUAGAGUUGUCUACAUUACCCCAGAGUUCUGUUCGGGGAACUUGCCAUGGCUUGAGGAACUUGACAGAACAAUUGGCAUCACCCUGAUAGCUGUUGAUGAAGCUCACUGUAUUUCUGAAUGGGGACAUGACUUCAGGAAUUCUUUCAGGUCUUUGGGGUUGUUGAAGAAAACUCUUCCUAAGGUCCCCAUUGUUGCAUUAACUGCAACAGCAAGCCCUUCUAUCAGAGAGGACAUCAUAAACUGUCUGAACCUUAAGACUCCCCAGGUCACAUGUACCAGCUUUGACCGGCCUAAUUUAUACUUAGAAGUAGUACGGAAAACUGGAAAUAUCGCCCUGGACAUGCAGCAGUUCCUUGUUAAAAAAGACAAAUUUAGUUAUGAGUUUGAAGGCCCCACUAUUGUUUACUGCCCAUCAAGGAAAACAACUGAACAGGUAGCUGCAGAGCUGACAAAAUUAAACAUUGUUUGUGGAACAUACCAUGCUGGCAUGGGAGUCGCAGCAAGGCGAGACAUCCACCACAGAUUCAUGAGAGAUGAAAUUCAGUGUAUAGUAGCGACUGUAGCUUUUGGAAUGGGCAUCAAUAAAGCAGACAUCCGGACAGUUAUUCAUUAUGGAGCGCCAAAGGAAAUGGAAUCGUACUAUCAGGAAAUUGGAAGGGCUGGUCGUGAUGGGCUUCCUGCCUCUUGCUAUGUAUUGUGGACUCCAGCCGACAUGAGUUUCAACAGACACCUACUCAACGAGAUACGUAAUGAAAGAUUUCGCCUGUACAAACUGAAGAUGAUGGCAAAGAUUGAGAAAUACCUGAACUUGAAUAGCUGCAGAAGAAAAAUCAUCUUGUCUCAUUUCGAAGACAAACAACUCCGAAAGGCCUCAUCAGGCAUCAUGGGAACAGAAAAAUGUUGUGAUAAUUGCAGAUCCAGGAACAUUCACUGUACUGCUGCGGUCGAUACACAAGACAGGUUGCAGGAUUUUGGCCGGCAGGCAUACCAGUUGAUGUCUGCAGUAUGUGCCUUAAAUGAGAAGUUUGGCAUGGGUGUCCCAGUGCUAUUUCUCAGAGGAUCUCAUUCUCAACGCCUCCCAGAACGAUACCGAAGCCAUCCUCUCUUCGGAAGUGGGAAGGACUGGCCAGAGAACUCGUGGAAGGCAUUAGGCCGGCAACUGAUCUUAGAGGGCUUUCUUAAAGAGGUUUCUGGCCACAGCAAAUUUUCAACCACGUGCAUGCUGACGCAGACAGGUAAAGACUGGGUCUGUAAAGCAAGAAAGGAGUCAGGACAGAAGCUUCUGCUUCAGCCUGAUGAGGAACUGCGUUUAAGGAAGUCUCCUUUAAGCUGUCAGCCGACCUCUUCAAACACCAGACAUUCCUCCUGUAGAACGUUACCUCAGUUGACAACAGAAAAGCAGAUGUCUUUGCAUGAAAAGUUUUCGUAUCGAGAAGCGAGUAAAGUCUCUAGAGAAAGUACAUCCUCAGUUAAAAGUGCCACAGCGCAGUUGCCACUGCCUCUGACCCCUUCAGAAUCUGCUGCAUCUCUAAGAGAGAAGGAAUUGCAGACAAUGCUAUAUGGCAAGCUAGUGGCAGCCCGUCAGAAACUGGCGAAUGAGAAGGACAUUCCUCCAGCCAUACUAGCAACAAAUAAAGUGCUGGUUGAUAUGACCGUGAUAAGGCCUACAACUGUGGAAAACAUUAAGAGAGUUGAUGGCGUUUCUGAAGCGAAAUCUACCAUGCUGGCUCCUCUCCUGAUCACAGUCAAGGAGUUCUGCCAGGCAAAUGAUUUACAGAUGGAUGUCUUCAAGAUUUCUGGAUCCAGAGAUCAGCCAGAAAUAGAUCUUCAGAAGGAUGGUGGAUGCAGCACUCUAACAGAAUCAGAGCGCAUAACUUACACAUUGUUUGAAGAAAAGAGCAUGUCAUUGAGAAGUAUAAGUGACCGACGGUCUUUGCCUCUUACUGUGGUUGGCACACAUUUAUCCCAAGCCUUGAAAGCUGGCUACCCAGUCAAUUUACAACGUGCCGGUCUCACUCCUGAAAUACAACAGAAGAUCAUGAAAGUCAUUCAGAACCCUCCCAUCAACUCAGAUGUAACACAAAUGAAAGCCAUUAGAACACUAGUCCCUGCAGAUAUUGAACUGUAUCUUAUAAGAAUGACCAUUGCACUGCUGGAGAAAGGGUACAGAAGUCGGCAGCUGGAACAGCAGGACGAAUCAGAAAAGCAAGGACCAGCUGGAGAGCCUGCAAGUCUACAGAUGACGACAGUAUCCUCACAGAAGGGUGGGGAGAAAAUUCUGUGGAUUGAAAAAAAGGAACUUCCAGUAAAGUCAACUGUACAAAAACCUGAUUCUGGGUCCAGUGAAAAUAUUAAGCAAGAUACCUCACGUACAGAUUCUUCAUUUUGGGCACAAAGCAAUAAUGAAGAGCAAAUUCUUGGCGCUAAACAGAAUGUCCAGAGCUAUCAGAGCUCUAUCAAAUUGGCCUCAUGGAAUCAGACUUCACUCAGUGCUGAGGAAGAAGAUCUCUUUACCGAUUCCCAGUCACAGACAUUGUGUCAGCCUUCAAAGAGGAAGUUACCAGGAUGGUUUGGGACUUCAGGAGAAACUGUUCCUCGUAAUACUUCCAAGAAAUCAAAGGCCGGAGGAAGCAAAGGGCUCUUUGGUUGAACAUGGAAAUACCAUAAAACUAUGUUUAGAUAUAAAAACUGGAUCAAAGCUUUAUACUUCAUUCACUUUCUUCAUUCAGUCUGACUCAGUGAGGCAUUUAUGAACAUCUCUUUUUCAAAAUACAGAACGUUGAGAGGAAAAGCUCUGUUCAUUUUUUACUACACAAACUUAUGACUGGAUGGGCUUAAAAUUAGCCCCAAUUAUUGAGUUGGUUCAUAUGCCGGGCUUACCAGGUUUUGAACCUUGAGGUGGAGAAGAGGAAGAAAAGAGCAGUGGAUUAAAUCAGAUUAUACAGUGUUGCAAGGCUUGCACCUCUUAUGUACCACUGAAUAUUUGGCAUGUUGAAGAGUUUCAGUAACUUGGGGGGGGGGGGCACAGAGUACACUUCGAAGAACAGUUGAAGCCUGGGAACAGUGCAUGUAGCACCUGUCUUCUGCAGCUGCCCUGUUAAUAAUAUCAGUAGGAUUAUUGCUGCACAAAAUGGGCAAUCCCACUUUUUUAUUUAUUUUUGUGACCAUUUCUUUAAGGAAGGCAAAAAAAUGUAACCCAACAGCAGGAUAUUGUGGUGCAUAACUAAGUGGUUGUCAGAUUUCUUAACCAUUAUGAAUAUUGUUAAAUUGUUAAUAAAUUAUUUUCUUUAAUUUGCACUAUUUUUUGGCACUUCCUUAUACUGUAAAUAAAACUUGU